UUAGGUAAGGAGGCAAAAUCAGUCGAUGAGGUCUUAAAGCAGUAUCCAUGAAAACGACUAGCCUAGUUGCCUGAAAUUUAAUUAAGCAAGAGUUAUAAAUAGUUAGAUUUGAAACAUGGCGACAUUUCAUGAAGUUCAUACACUUCGGUUUGAGCUGCACAUGCCGAUGUGGAUUACCCAGUUAAGAUCUUCGAAAUGCUGAAAAUCUGCUUGUAGAUAAUGGCAUAGACUGUUGUCAUCCAGAUUUUGGAAGGCUACGCUGAUUAUUGUUUCACCAUGCGUCUAUUGCAGUUCCAAUUUACCUCUAAUCCCCAUUUUUGCAUACGGUUCAUCUCAAUGUAAUAACAUGGGCUGAUGUAGUUUUGUGCGAUGCUCUACUCUUUUUUGUCAGUUAGGUCGGUCAUUGUAAUAUUCCCUUUACCACUCUAGUAAUUUUAAUAGCUUGCAUACUUUAAGACAACUGUCUCCAUAUGGCCCUUAUUUUGUUAUGCCUUAUAACUUGCUCAGGUGCUGUCAAAAAUGCUGGAAGAAAAUGUGUGCUCAAACUGCCUGAAGCAAAGUGAUGUUCACCUCGUUUGUCUUGAGUGUAGUCGUGUACAGCUUUGUAUUCCUUGCUAUUGUUAUGGAGCUGAGUCUGGGAUGCACAAGAAGAAUCAUGGUUAUCGCAUUGCGAGGUCUACAUUAUUACCUAAUUCCGUACUUGAAGGUUGGAGUUCUGAAGAAGAAUUGAACCUUUUGGAAGCCUUAGAACAGUAUGGAAUCGGAAACUGGGAGGAUAUAGCCAUAAAAGUAGAAACCAAAAGUGCUGAUGAGUGCAUGCGUCAUUAUUGCAAUCGUUAUUUGAAUGAAGUUUUUGGCUUAGAAUUAUUAAAUGAUAACAAAUAUUCUUCUCGAAUCACAGACCAUACAAACUAUAAUAUAGUAUCGUCUCCAGUACAAUCAUAUUCUACAUAUAUCGAUAUUGAGGAUCAACAGCUGUUAGGUUAUAUGCCAAAUCGUGGUGAUUUUGAACGAGACUAUGACAAUGAUGCUGAAAGUAUUCUCUGUCGUUUGCAUCCAAGUUUCUCCCACGAUGAUCUCGAAGAUGCUUUAAAAGUUGCACAAGUCAAUAUAUACAUGCAGAGAUUACGGGAGCGUCAGAGACGUAAAGAGAUUGCUUGUGAACAUUCCUUAAUACCGCAUAUCUUGGCGUUUAUUCUAAAUAAACGUGUCAAAAAACGUGCACCUGUAGGUGAUGUUAUUAUAGAAAAUACGCCUAUAAAAAAGAGACCUCGUGGACGUCCACCGUCAGCAAAUAAACUAUUAUUACAGAGUAAGCUGAUCAAUAAAACUACACCUGUUACAAGAAUAUCUAACCUUCACGAGUCUGUAAAUAAGGAUCCCGGUAAGAAACCACCUCCAAAUAGUUGGCUAGCUGCUCCUUUCAUUCUUCAGUCUUCCGGACCAACAAAAGGUGCACCAAUUAUAGUAAAUACUCCAUCUGAUGUUACAAGUGAUCAUCACAUGACAAAUGAGUGUAAAGGUGAAUAUGCGUCGACUAAUUGCAAGAUACGAACAGGAAACUCUAUUGGAGAUUUUAAUGGAUUUUAUUUAAAUGAAAAGUUGAAACCAUUUCUAAGAUAUUUUACUGGCAUGCAAGGCAAACAUUUUAUAGAGAAUCUUUAUAAAGAAGAGUUACUUAAGCAUGAAAUAAAGUAUCUACUGGAAUUACGAGCCAAAGGAAGGACGCAAUUUAUGAGUAUGAAAAUUAAAUUUCCAUUAUUCAAAAGUUCAGUAUAUCAUCAUCUUCGAAACCGAAGUAUCACUGAUCAACCUGCAGAACAAACAACAACAAUAACCAGUCCAGGACAUGGGAAUGGUCGGGACCAGCAGCUACAACAACAGCAUUCACGUCGUUUCUAUCAAGUGAAAAAGAAACGACGUAGACAUACAAAUACACCAUGGUAUAUGAAAGUACAGCGUAGAGUUAAACAGUAUAAAUAAUAAUUAUAAGAUUUUAUUAUUUAAUAACAAUAAUAAUACUAAUUGUUGUUACUCUAUCUCUCUUUCCAUCUCCUCUCCAUCUGUAUCUUGCUUAUUUCCUUAUUAAUUGUUUAUAUUCAUCAUAUUAUAUUUCUAUAUUAUUCAGAGAAGAUUCAAUAUUUAAUAUAUAUAUUUGUUUUUUUACCAACUAACACCAAGAUUUAAGUGUACUUUUGCAUUUAUUACCCUAUAUAAUAAUAAUUAUUAUUUUAUAAUCAUUAUUUGAAAAAGAGAAACAAUAGUUUAUUCCCUAAUGUACCAUUUCUAUCUCUAUUCUCACUUAUUAUUGUCAUAAUUAUAAAUAUUGCUUAAUAUAUUUGCGUAUUAUGUAUAUUACAUGACAAAUUCAAGCUAUAUUUGCUUGACAUUGAUGCAGUUUAUUGAC